CAAAUGGCGUCUCGUCGCCUCUGCCGGGCUGCCGAACUCAACGCGAAACCCAAGGAAACGUCAGAAAACUUCAAAACUCAAGGCGAAAACAGCUGCUAUACGCUCAAGAAGACGCCGAUGUCCGUUACUGAAGACCUAGAAACAUGCAACCGGGGUAAAUCAGUAAUGGACGUAGUAAUUAAGCCAACACUCGCGCAUGUUUUUAGCAAGUACGAACCUUUCCCGUAUGAAAGUGCGAUGAUGUUUCGGUCUUGAGACAGAUCACGCCGCUACGUUUCGGCAGGUUUACGCAGAAAUGCAUUCCUAUAGCGUGAUUGUAUGCCACGACAAGUUUCUUUCAUCGGCGGUCGUCGUCGUCCUAGGCGUCGCAGCGGCGUGCGUCUUGUGGCUGGGCGUUCUCUCGGGAGUGACUGUGAUAUGUUCCUUCAUAUGUGGCUGUGUCUGGAUGCGCCUUCUCAAGCAUGGACACUUUGAAGUCCCGGACUUGUUCGUAACAAGGAAGCGAACGGAAAAAAGGGGACCGCGGCGUCGUUUCUGUGACGCAGCUGGCGGUGCGGCAGACGAAUACGCUCUUUUUCCAUGGAAAGAUCUCAAAGUGCCAAAGGAAGUCGACCAGGCGCUACAGUCUUUCCUUAACGGAAUUCUGCGUGAAUACGUGCACGUUUGGUUUCGGGACGUUAGUGGCGAUCAAGCUUUCGUUCACGAACUGCGCCUUGUGCUUCGUCACCUGUUGGCCGCCUUGUGCCGGCGCGCUGCAGACGUCGAUCUGGUACGCUUCAUCACGGGACCCGUUGCGCAGGCCGCCAUAUCUCACCUGGACGCGAUCCUCAGGUCUCGCGUUGUGCUCUCCGACGCUGCUGACCAGGGUCGCCUGGUAUUGAGCAGCAUGGGAUCACAAGUGCAUGUCGCUGUUGGAAGUCGUGAAGCAGAGCAUCAGUACUUGCGGCUUUUGUCGGAGAGCCUUGUAUUGCGACUACUACCGGCUCGCUAUGUCAAGUGCAAAAGCGCUUGCACGCUUCUACGUGAGCUUCUUGGGAACACCGUCCUUCUGAAAGCGAUGGAUGUGAUCGCAGACCCGGACAUUGUGAAUCACCUUCUCCUCUUUUUUUUAGACAAGGCGCCAAUGACUAUCCUUCCGCUCGACUGUCAGCGUGUGGAAUUCUUGGAGAACUUUGUGAAAGCGCCACCGUCGCCUUCUCACGGCGUCCGUCACUCGCGCGAUCUCCAGUCAGUGCUUGGUGAUCCUGCGACCGAGUCCUCAUUCUUGGAAUUCCUUCAAGACCAGGGCGCACGGCACCUUUACGACUUUUACAGUGCGCUUGACAAGUUUCAUUUGCGGAUAUUGAACCCAGAACUAAGCCCUGAGGAUCGGCUUCAGUUGCAUGACCAAGCAAAUGAAAUUUACAUUGAAUACAUGGCAGAGGACACUCCCAAAAGAGUGCCCCUUGCUCCAGGGACGGCUGAAAAGGUACAUGCUAUCCUUGAACGUGGUCCUGAUGAAAUUAUUGAACUACAAAAGUCUCCUUUGCUAUAUGCAGCAUCAGACUGUGUGUACUCACUUCUUGAAGAAGUCUUCUGUCCAUUGUUUUUUGAGAGUGAUAAAUACUUUGAGGUUAUAUGCAAAGUACGGGCCAUUGCGCAAGUGCAGAAAGGCCAAGACCGCAUCCCUGGCAAGAGCUGGAGUGUAGCAAAACUUGGUCACAAACUGAAGGAUGCUUUCUGGGCCACUGCCGAUGAUGGCCUGGAAGAAGGUGCACCACAGGAGGCUGUACAAUGUGCUGAAGAACCACAGGUGCCAGAAGUGCCAUUAAUUACAAAUGACUCAAGGUUAAAAGACUUGACUGCUUGGAGGGUCUCUAUUCCAAGAACAGAGACUAGAGUUGACAUGCAGCACAGACACUAUGUUGCAUUUGUAGUGGAAGUUCAGCGCAUUGACGUUGGCAAUGGAGAUAGUCCAGAAGACUUACACUGGUCAGUUGUACGGAGGCAUCACGAGUUCUAUGUACUUGAAGCAAAGCUUCUGGAGUUCCAUGGAGAGCUUGCAGUCACACCUCUGCCACCACGUAGGUCACCAGCCAGACAGCAGUUGCAGGCAUGUCGCAUCGUGCUUGAAAAGUAUCUCCAAGACCUACUUACUUUGCCGCCUCUGCGAAGCUCCGAGUUGCUGUACAGUUUUCUCCGCCUCGACGUAGAGUUCACAGCCAGCUUUCUGCCUGACAUCCGCCUGGGAAAGAUGUUUCGUACUGUGCCAAUGCGGCUUCUCAAAGAAAAGGGACAACAUCUGGAGCCAUUUCUACAAACAUUCCUUGCGUCCACGCAACAAGCACCACCACGUCCACGUCCAGACUUUCUGGAUGUGCCCAGAAGGCAUGUGCGGCCACAGCGUGCACCUCUGCUGCAAAAGAACCGGCAGGGCCCGCCACGAUCAUCAUCUCAACUAUGUGUCCAGAGUAACACCAUGGAGUUUGUGUAUGACUAUGGUGUUCACCUUGCCGAUGUUCUCUUUCACGCUGCACCAUGGCUGCUGAGGCUUCUCCAUGCUUUGGUUCCUCUCCUGCGGUGCUCAGUCCAGGGAGUCACUGAACGUUAUCUGGAAGGCAAGCUAAAACAAGCUCUUGCCCCAGGGCGGCUAACACUCAUUAUAAACUUACUCAGUGAGGCUGUGCUGCGCGAAGAUGAACCACCAAGAACCCAGGCACAAAAAUGCGCACGAGCUACAGAGACACGCCUCGGAAUGGAGCAGUUCCUUCCAGACAUUUUGGUGCGCAUGAUUGGCCCCAGAUAUCACGCUCUUGCUGUGGAGACUGUAUUUCAGGCGGUUCAGCAGCCCCUUCUCAACAAGCAGAUCUCUUAUGUGCUACUUGAUCUUCUGGUUGAGGAGAUGUUUCCUGAAAUGAAGGGAUGGGCUGCAUGAAACAAGAGAGGAGAAGACAACUUUCCUUUAGUUUUUCUAGCCUCAUUGUGCUGUCUAGUCGUCUUAUCUUCUUUUUAUGUGAUUCAAGACAAAAAGGAUAGCUUAUUUUAUGUUAGGUUGAGACUAUGAACAUUGGCAGAUACCACUAUGGAGUGGGUGAUCGCUGGGUGUGAUAUGUAUAAAUAUGUGUGUUCCAUUGUUUUGAAAUCAUAAAGAUGAUCUCAGGAUCACUACUAUCAGAUGAUAGGUGCCAUUUGUGAAUAUUGCCACUUUUAGAUUACUGGUCAGCUAUCACAAGCAUAAUCAGUCUUGCACUGCCUGGAAAGACAAGUCACUGCUUGCCACUGUCUUAGACAGGUUAUUGUAAUCGUCAAAAAGCUUGUUAGAUUGCACAGCCACCCCAUGGUGUGUCUUAGUGAGAACCAUGCCUUGUUGCACAAGUGCUGAUUGUACUGCCUUGAAAGGUAAAAUGCAUUUAACCUGGAGAAUCCUUUUGUUAGUUUCAAUAAUGCUGGAUAAUACAUGUGGUAGCACGAAGUGUGUACUCCUUAGAUUUUAGUUCUUUAUUACUAGUGCUUGAGAGUGGUGUGCUGAUAUAGUGGCACUUACACGAUUGUAUAACACUUUAUCUAGGUAAUCAAAACUAUAGGUCGGAGUUGGGUAAGGAUAACAUCAACUGCAUUAAGAUAUUAAUUGUCACACUGUGCGAAAGCCAGUAGUGGUUAGGGCACAGUGCAAGAAAAGAGGGAGAAGGCUUAAAUACUGAAGUUAUGCUAUGUUAGCUGCUUAUAAAUGCUAAUUUAUUUUUUGUACAUUGUUUUGUGUUAAUGGCUCUAUGUGGCUAAAUGUAAUAACUCGGUGAAUAAAAAAUUUCCAGAUGCUU